GCCCCGCCCGGCCCUCCUGGAGGGCAGGUUCCAGAAGCUGUUCCAGGCGGGGCUGCCGGGUGGUGUGGAGUCGCUCCCUCCUCUCACAGAACGUGCCCAGGCAAGGCCAGUCGCUCGCCAUGUCCGCUAUGGAGGCGGCGGAUGUUUUCCACAGAGCCCGGGGCAGGACCCUGGACGCGUUUUCCUCAGGAAAACUUUUUGGAGACAAAAAAUGUCUAUAUGGAAAUCAACAACUUUGGGGCAGCCAGGAGCCCCUUCCAGAAAAGGAACGGGAAUGGAAAGGUCCAUUCUACUUCGUCCAAGGCGCAGACACUCAGUUUGGACUGAUGAAGGCCUGGUCCACCGGGAACUGUGACGCUGGCGGUGACGAGUGGGGGCAGGAGAUCCGUCUCACGGAGCAAGCUGUUGAGGCCAUCAACAAGCUGAACCCUAAACCCAAAUUCUUUGUUCUGUGUGGUGACCUCGUUCAUGCCAUGCCAGGAGGAAAGGGGAAGGCGGGAGGGAAGAGGAAAGGAGCAAGCGAGGAGGAGCCGGAGGAGGAAGUUCUUGGAUACAUAAGCAGCAGAUGCUUCUGGAACUCUCUUCCUUCUCCCCGACCCUCACUUAGUACCGUCCUGUCUCAGGCAGGCCCACAGCCCCGUGACCAAGUCUAAGAACUCCAUGGCGGCAAGAACAGACCAGGGACCUGCAGCGAGUACUGAAAGCCGUCGACCAGGACAUCCCACUGGUGAUGGUCAGCGGCAACCAUGACUUGGGCAAUGCCCCCACAGCCGAGACUGUGGAGGAGUUCUGCCAGACAUGGGGAGACGACUACUUCAGCUUUUGGGUCGGGGGCGUCCUGUUCCUGGUGCUCAACUCCCAGUUCUUGUACGAUGCCUCCAGGUGCCCCGCACUGAAGCAGGCCCAGGAUCACUGGCUGGACCAACAGCUGAACAUUGCAGAGCAGAAACAGUGCCAGCACGCCAUUGUCUUCCAGCAUAUCCCGCUAUUCCUGCAGAGUAUUGAUGAAGAUGACGACUACUUCAACCUCACUAAGACCGUCCGUAAGGAACUGGCCGAAAAGCUCACCAGAGCAGGUAUCAGAGCUGUGUUCUCCGGGCACUACCACAGGAAUGCCGGGGGAACCUACCAGAAUCUUGACAUGGUAGUUUCAUCUGCUAUCGGGUGCCAGCUGGGCAAAGACACCCACGGGCUCCGUGUGGUGGCCAUCACUGCGGAGAAGAUUGUUCAUCGUUACUACAGUUUAGAUGAGCUGAGCCAGGGUGGGGUCGAGGAGGACCUGAAGGAGCUGCUGAAGGAGUGACUGGCUCCCACAGAGUCCACCCAGCCUUCACACCAUCACCUUCCAUUUUGCCAGAAUAAUCUCAGCCCCUUAUAGAAAUGUCUGAGCAGAAAGGCGGGCUUGUAAACAGAUGUGCUUUCACAUCAGUCAAACUGCUGGGUCCUACCCUUAUUUCAAAAGAGAACUGCCUUUCCUUGAUAAGACAGCUACGGGUGUUUUCUAAUUGUGGUGUGAGACUUCCCACGUGAUGUUUGGGUGAAUUCUUCUCAUUGUGCAGCUUUUAACUCUGCCCUUGAAUCUACUGUUUCUGACUUCAAUAACCACCUACUGCCCUCAAUCCCAACUCAGUACCCAAGAGUGAUCUUAAUAAUUCCUCCAACAUCCCCCCACCCCACCCCCAGUCCCAGGGCCACAUAGGUUUGUCGUCAUUGUAACAGAUAGCGUCAUAGCCAUCAUUGACUGCAACUUUCAGGACUCUCAUUACUGCUGAUGCUAUGAACACCGUGCAGGGAGUCCACGCCAGGCUGUUUGCCUUUCUGAUGACAAACGUCACCUCAGACAUGUGCAGACUCUGUUCCAGAAGACCAGAAUGGAAGCAGCAACUUGAAGACCCUGUACAGCCCACAUGUUUCCCUGUGUGUAUUCUCCCGAUGCAGGCGGCCCACCCCGUUGUCAGCUAUGACGUGGCGGGAAAGCUGGUCUUGACACAGACCUCUCCCAAGAAGAACACAGAACUGUGUCAUUGGGUAUAAUUUACAUUAUACCAUGUUAUUUGCCACUUACAUAACACUAUUCCUGGACAGAAAAGAGUGUGAGUUUCUUAAAAUCCUUUUCAUCAUGGAAUUCGCUCUUCUGCCUCCCCUGGGAGCUCUGACCUCUGUGGAAUUUGCUCUGUGUGCCAGCCAUCCUGGUGCCUAAGUAACCAGGGCCACUACAUCCUGCCAAGGAAGUUUUACAGUAUCCUGCAGCGACACUAUAGAAUCUGAAACCAACUUUAAAAACCCACUGGUUAUAAAUGAACCGCAAAGCCCACUAAAUUAGAAAACUUUCUUGUUAAAAGGUUUUAGUCAAUGUAGCAAAACCAUGAGAAAUUAAAUAAAAAGAUAAUUGGAUAUGUAAAUUCAUAAGGAACAAAAGAUACAAGAAGUUAAUUAUUUUAUAUAUUAGUGACACACCAGAGCCCAUUAUUAGGAAGCACAAGAAAAGUAAUUUUUCAAACCAGAGUGAUCUUGCAGUGCUUGGCUGUGUUCCUAUUUGUUUUUGUUUCUUACAGCAGAGUAUAAGAGAUCAGGAGAGGUCCCUGGUCCUAAAAUGUAUAGGCUUGAUUCAAUGACAAGAGAAAGAUUAGUCAUAGUGGGCUGAAGGCAUGCCCCUUGUCCAAGCUGCAUAAGGAAAACGCAGCCUUAGAAUGGGGACAAGGAUAUGGGAUAGAGCAAAGGAAACGAAGUAAGUGCUUGUCCUCAAAACACAUACGUUUCCGAGCUGACUCAGAAACCUAGCAUGUGCUAAGGAUGGCCUGGCGUUGCCAGUUUUCAACAGAACAGCGGUAUCCCUGUGGGGCCUGCUGAUGUGGGGAGCAAAAGUGUGUAAUCUAUGUAACUCAGAUAGCAAGACACUAUUCUGUUCUCUCCUAGGCCUUUUCUUAAAAAAUAAAAAUAAAAUAAAAAUAAAAAACAAUAAAGACUUCCCACAUG